AUGUUGAAUGCACCAAAACCUUCUAUCCAUGCAGCUUUGUUUUCAGCCCUCUUUUUCAUGUCCUUCAAACUAAGCAAUUGUAUCACCUGCCCUGAAAUUGAAAAACAAUCACUCUUAAGCUUCAAGCAGUCUCUAAAUGGCUCCGUAAACUUGUUUUCUUCUUGGGAUGUUAAGUUUGACUGUUGCAAGUGGAAAGGUGUUGUUUGCAGCAACUUAACUGGCCGAGUUCUUCAACUCCAUCUCCAAGGUAAUUCUUUAGGUGGCAAAAUAAACUCAUCUUUGCUCAACUUGAAGCAUUUGGAAUAUCUUGACCUGAGCCAAAACAAGUUUGAGGGAGAAAUCCCUUCUUUCAUUGGAUCACUCACAAGCCUCGAGUACUUGAAUCUAUCAUUUGCUGGAUUUUAUGGAAAGAUUCCCCACAACAUUGGAAAUCUUUCAAAUUUGCACAUUCUAAGUUUGGGGAAUUCAGAACUGCUAGAUGCUGAUAGUCUUGAAUGGUUGUCGGGACUUACUAAACUGGAGCACCUCAACAUGAAUGGUGUGAACCUCAGCAAAGCAACCGACUGGGCACAACAGGUUAUCGACAACCUCCCUUCUUUAGUCGAGCUGCAAAUGAGUUAUUGUAGUCUUAGUUUUCUUUCUCUGAAUGAUGUUAAAAAUAGCAGCCGUUCUAAUUUAUCCAUUCUUGAUCUCUCCUCCAACUACAACAGUUUCCAAUCUUAUGUCAUCAUCCCACGCUGGAUUUUUCAACUCAGCAACCUUAUCUAUCUUGAUUUGGCACACAACUCAUUCAAUGGCCCAAUACCAACUAUGACCAAUACCACAAAACUCCAACACAUUGAUCUCACUUCCAAUUAUUUUAAUUCUAGUAUUCCACAGUGGCUCUACUCCUGCAAACACCUUGAGUAUGUGAGUCUGGCAAACAAUUAUCUUUUAAGAGAUGGAAUUUCGAAUUCCAUAGCAAAUCUGACUUCUCUCAAUACCCUCGAUUUAAAUAGAAAUGAACUUUCCGGGAGAAUACCAAGAGAAAUUGCAAACUUGUGCAAUAUUCAGACCUUGAGUUUAUCUGAUAAUAAGUUGGGAGGAGAGUUAACAGAUUCGUUUGGAAAAAAUAUGUCAGAUUGUUUCUUAGAAUCUUUGGAAUUCUUAGAUAUGUCAAGCAAUCAGCUCUCUGGUCAACUACCUAAUCAAUUUGGAGAAUUUACGCGUCUUUGGUUACUCGGUCUUAGCAAAAACUCAUUGUCUGGUGUAAUUCCAAAUGAAAUAGGGAACUUGAUUUCCCUUGUAAGGUUAGACUUGGGUAGUAAUAAAUUGAUGGGGAACUUACCAGAGAGUAUAGGGAAACUUGUGAACUUGACAACUCUUUUUAUAGAAGAUAACAUGUUUGAAGGGGUUGUGACUGAAGCCCACUUUGCCAAUCUUUCGAAUUUAGACACCUUGGAUGCCUCUGGAAACCAGUUGACUUUGAAAGUCAACCCAAAUUGGAUUCCACCAUUUAAAAUGUGGAAGCUUUACCUAAGGUCUUGGGACUUGGGAUCAGGCUCUCGAAUUCCGUUAUGGCUUGAGACACAGAAAGAAAGUAUCUCCUAUCUUGAUUUAUCAUAUACUGGAAUCUAUGGAAACAUUCCCACUUGGUUAUGGAGUUUGUAUUCUCUCAACAUUUCGCAUAACCAAAUCGAUGGCAAGAUUCCAAUCAUCAUCAGGUGUUCUUUUCUAGACUUGAGUUCCAACAAGUUUAGUGGUCCAUUGCCUCGAAUAGGGAAAAGAGCGACUGAACUAAAUUUCUCCAAUAACUCAUUCUCGGGAGAUUUGUCAGAGUUUCUCUGUAACACAACAGCCAAUGAACUGCGAAGUCUUAAUCUCGAGGGAAACCACCUGUCUGGAGAGUUACCUGAUUGUUUCAUGAAAAGGCAAAGGUUGAUACUUUUGAACUUAGGCAACAAUAAAUUGUCUGGAAAAAUACCGAAUUCCAUAGGAUUUGUUAAAAGUUUAGAGGCCUUGACUCUACGCAGCAACUUCUUCUCUGGCCAAUUACCUUCUUCAUUGCAGAACUGCACAGAACUAGUGAAGAUCGACUUUGCUGAUAACAAUCUUGAUGGGGAAAUACCGAAAUGGAUUGACACAGGAUUUUUCAAUUUGAGAUAUCUCAUUUUGCGGUCAAACAAUUUCAGCGGUGAAAUUACUCCAUCCAUAUGUCAACUAACUUCUCUUCAAAUCUUGGAUCUCUCGAGUAACAGACUUUCAGGGAGAAUGCCUAGCUGUCUAAAAAAUCUCACCGCAUUGAGUACAGAAGGAAUUUGGUAUGGGCCAUAUCGUUCUAGUUAUACUGAAACAUUUGAAGAAAGGGCAACAAUUGUCACAAAGGGAAGAGAACUCACUUAUGACACCACUCUCUCUCUGGUUACAAGUAUUGACCUUUCUAUGAACAAUUUGUCUGGUGAUAUCCCAAGCGAGAUAACAAGUCUUGUGCAACUCAUAUCACUGAACUUGUCACGAAAUAAUUUAACAGGAUCCAUUCCAGACAACAUUGGAAGCAUGAAGCAGCUCGAAUCUCUUGAUUUCUCAAUGAACUCGUUAUCGGGCAACAUUCCAGGUAGCAUCACAACCAUGUCUUUUUUGAAUAGCCUGAAUUUGUCAUAUAACCACUUGACUGGACGAAUCCCAGAAAGCACACAGAUUCGAGGCUUGAACGAGUCGAGUUUCAUAAGCAACAAUCUCUGUGGCCCUCCACUUAGAAUAUCCUGUGGAAAUGGAGAUAAUGCACUUGGUCCAGUGCAUACGGAAAAUCAAGGCCGAGAAGGCAACAAGCGACAGAUUGAUUGGUUUUACGUAUUUCUAUCUUUAGGAUAUGCCGUGGGGCUCUCAAUUGUCCUUACGAUAUUGUAUUAUAAGAGAAAAUGGAGAGAAGCAUAUUACGAGUUCUUUCAGAAUCUGUGGGAAUGCGUUUACGUGUAUUCCAUUAUCAAAUGGAGAAGGCUAACAAGAGUGUUGGGGCGAAAUAUGUAA